AUGCCAUUUGCCCCUGUGGUUGGUGUGGACAACUAUGGAAAGACUGUCCUGUUUGGUGCGGCAUUGUUAAAGGAUGAGAAGGAAGACACAUUCAGGUGGCUGUUUCGAGCAUUUCUGAGGUCGACGGGGGGUCUGCACCCGGAAACCAUAAUAACAGACCAGGAUGUCGCAAUGCGGAAUGCUAUACGUGCUGUCAUGUUGCACUCAACCCACCGCUUCUGCAACUGGCACAUCCAGAGGAAAAUGAAACAGAAACUAGUCACUUUCUUUGCUGCCCGAGGAACUUUGCAUGCAGAGCUCCGGAGCCUAAUCAGGAACUCGUUCACGCCUGAAGAGUUUGAGAGCGGAUGGCACGCUCUGUUGGAGAAGCAUGAUGCUCAGGAUGAAACCCACCUAAAGCGGUUGUUUGAAAUCAGAGAUGAGUGGGUCCCUGCGUACUACAUGGACAAAUUUUUCCCAUUCACGUCAUCAACUGGGAGGAGCGAGAGCACCAACUCUCUGUUCAAAGGCUACGUCCUCCGAAAAGACUCGAUUGCGACGUUUUUCAACCAGUACCAGAUUGUGCAGGAAAAGAAGCAUAGCGACCUUGAUCGACUGAGAGAGAAAUCAGAACUGAGAGAACAACGUUACUGGAGUUACGACCCUAUGGAAAGAGAGGCUGCAAAGAUAUACACACCACCAAUAUACGCCAAAUUUGUGGAAGAGAUGAAAAAAACCACAGCUUACAGAGUUGAGGUCGUUGCUGCUGCUGGCGAAACAAGAACAUUUCUGGUGACAAGGCGGGGCAAAUACCAGGACGCAGAGUUUUCAAAGAGGAUAUACACUGUGUCAAUAUCACCUGAUGAUGUCUACCGCUGCUCAUGUUCCAAGUUCAGUCGGGACGGUAUGCAUUGCUGCCACGUCCUAGCGGUAGCAAGACACAUUGGGUUGAGUAGCCUCCCUGAAAGCUUUAUAAAUCCUAGGUGGACAGUAGCUGCAGGGCAUGUGUUAGCUAUGAUGACGGAUGGAAAUGUUGGUCAAAAUGGACAGAGAACACACUUGACAGUCAGGCAUUCUAUAGUCAUGAGCCAGGUGUCCGACGCAUUGUCAAACGAAUGCACGGACGACAGGUCGUACGACCUGUUCGUGGAAGGAAUCGGUGAGGCAAUAAACAAAGUCAGGUUAGACAAGCGGCUCCGCCAAGAACAACAACUCUCAGGUGGGAAGCGACGGUGUAUUGAUGAUCCUCAGCAGCUGAAUGUUGAUGCCAGGCAGGAGGGGGAUGGCGACCUGCACAUCCCUACGCAGGUGCAUCAAAACAUUGUGUCUACCAUUGGUGCGUCUAGCAUGGGUGGCGUUGAGGUGCAUCAAACAUUUGGUUUGAGAGACCCCCCGCUGUCACGCACAAAAGGUUUCAAACUUGGUGAUAGGCCAAAGACCAUGUAUGAAAAGGCUUCUGAUAAGCUUAAGAAACAAAAAGCAGCAAGGAAGUGUUCCAAGUGCAGGCUGCCAGGCCAUAAAAAGCCACAAUGCCCCCAAAAUAACCCAGCGACAUAACGCGGCGUCGUGGGCUGGACUAGAGAGCUACUACGCGCAUAGGAUGCUAUGGGAAAAGAAAUGGAGGCAAUUAUCUUCUUGGGGCACUUCUUUUUUUGCAUGGUGGACGCAGAGAGAAACGAUGAGCAUUUUUACUUGUGUGUAUGUUACUGAACCUGAUACUAGCAGGAAGAACAGUGUACGAAAAAAGGAAGUAUCUUGUAAGGCCUGUGUUGUCGUUUUAGUGUGAAAGACUGCCUAUAAAAAGAUAAUUAUGCUGUAAGUUAUUGACAUUUACGCUGUAAGUUAUUAACCUACGAUAAA